AUGGAUCUGGCUGGUAUGCUGAACGAUGGCGAUGCGCCGCCCAAGAGACCAUCGCAGACAUCUCCUCCGGCUUCAAGUCGGGUGAGCGGAGCGCAGGUAUCUCCACCUGCGCAGAAUGGGUCGUACGCGGCGGGACCAGGAGCAUAUGCGACGGCCAGGCCAAGCCAGCAGCAAACUCCGUUGUAUGGGCCUCCCUCAGCUCCAACCGGUCUGCCAGGUCAGUCGCAGCGUGGAGGUCUGACUCCGCUGCAGACUCCCUCGCAGGCUGGAGGAGGAGGACAGUACCCAUUCCCGCAACAACCGCCUUUGCAAAGCCCGGCCACAGCACACCCAGGCCAGCAGCAACAGCAGUAUAGAGGAUACGAGCCAUACUCAGCAACGACGCCUGGUGCGAGACCGCCAAGUCAUGGCUACCCUCAGCCCUCGCCCUCCUUGGGCCAGUACCAGAACACCCUCAAUGCCGCACACAACGCAUCGCUUUCUCCCACUCCGCCUUCGCAUCCCAGCCAAACGCCACAUGCAAUGCGACAGAGCCCACUCGCGACCAUGGGACAUCCACCGCCUGCACCACCGCACCACUACCACCAGUCGCAACCCAACACCCCGCUUGGGCCACCGCAGCUCCCACAGCGGCAUUCCAACCACCAACUGGAUAUGAGUAGCCCAUAUCAUCAACGAACGUUCUCUGGUGCCUCAAAUGGCAUGGUCUCUGGCUCGCCGGCACAGCACCAUCCCAGUAUUGGAAACCUUGUAGAUUCGCCCAGUGCCUACAACAGGCCCUCUCCACAGACCCGCCGCACAAGCGACUAUCGAAGCUCGGUGGACCGAGAGCGUAGUGUGUCCGUUUCGCCCAAAACCAUAGUACAGCCACGCCCGCCAUCCCUUGGUUCACGGCACAGUAGUCAGCAAGAGGUGUACAGUACUCGAGGCUCUUUGCCCCCUAGCGCAGGCGUGGCGUCCUCAGGGGCCACACCGGGUCACGUGCCGCCACCGACACCAGCGCAGGCCCAGUCGCAUCAUUCCUAUGCGGCAAGUGAGGUUGCACAAGCGUACGCACAAUCGAGUGGUUCGUUGCCCGGCCCGCCCGUGAAUGGGAAUUCUUUGUCUCAAUCGGACAAUAAGACGCCGCUGCAGCACCAAUCCCAGAAAAUGGGCAUGAGCCACUUGCUUGCACCUACGCAACACGCACAACCCCAGCAGCAACCGUCAAUACCCAACGGCGCUCCCACCAUGCCGGCCAAAAUGACAGAUUCAUCGCCAUCACAGUCGCAGUCUCACUCACAACCUCCACCACACGCCUCGGCACCACCCCUGUCACAUUCACAGCAGGGGCACGUCAAAGCAGAGCCGCCAGAAGCCAAGCCCGAAAUCAAAUCCGAGCCAUCUGCACUUUCGACUUCAUUAUCCCAUUCAGACAUCGCCGCGACAAUGACGGCCGCCCCUGAGGUCCAGCCACCACCCAUCAAGCAAUCCACAGUUGACAUGUCGGCGUCAGCGGCUGCACCGGGCAAAGCGCCACUGAAGCGACCUGCUGAAGAAGAAGCGUCAGCCGAACCAGCCGCCAAGCGAGGACGAGUCCGCAAGUACAGAGAGCGCCCCAUCUGGGCCCAUCUAUCACAUCAGAAUCCAAAGGCCAGAGAAACCGCUGUCGUGCCGAAUGGUAAAAGCAUGACGAACCUAAACUCGCAGCCGCCGCCGCGAGCUGCCCAGCAAAACGGCGUCGCAGGACCACAACCAAACGGCGUGAGCAACGCCAGACCACCACAGGCAAACGGCAAUCAGGCCAACAUCCCACCAUGGCAGCAGAACCCGCCACUCGAUGACGACCUCAUUCACGCUCGACGAGUCUUGGGUCGAUGGGAGAAGUCGCUGAAAUGGAACGUGCCCAACCCCAGCUUUAACAGAGCGGUUGCCGACUGGCUGUACGAGCAACUAAAGAACAACGUAGACAUUGGGACCGAUCCUCAGGAGGGCACUAUCGAGAUCGAGGCCAAGAUAGGGACGUUGAUUGACGACAAUGGACGGAGAUGCGAACUGCCGGUCAUGAAUGCCUGCGUCAUUCAUCCUGCUGCAGCCAGACGCUUUCGUUUCGAGAGUGAGAUGAAUGAGCAAGAGCACAAGUUCAUGAAUGCCUUCCUCAACGACUGCUUCGUGCAGUCACAGCCCAAGGCCACAAAAGGCCGGGAACCCAUCGAUUACAAGCACAUCUACGAAGUGGACUCCUUCCGCACCCUCAGCAAGGCCGGCAUGGCAGCUCUACCCGGAGCUGCACACCGACGGCGACCCGACCGAGACCUCAAGCUACGCACCUCGACCGACACCAAGACCGGCGAAGUCAGAGCACGCAUCAUCAAGGUCAAACUCGGCGAAGACCUGCACAUUUUCGGCGCCGGCGACCCUUACGACGUCCGCAUCUCCAUGAAUCUCGAGAUCAACAUGGACCGUCCUGGCUUCGACCCGACGCUCCUAACUGAAGAGCCCACCGAGACGAAGCGAGCGCCACCGAACCGACGCAAAGACCGUCUCUCGUACAAACACCUCGCGUACCAAGUCGACCUGACCCGCGUCGACAUCGAGGGCAUGGCGCACAAGUACGAGCUGGAACUCGAGGUGGAUGCGAAUGUGCUGCGGGACCAGAUUGCGCGGUUGGAGCAGAGACAGCCGCAUGCGUAUACGGAUGUGGUGGAUGGGUUUGUGAGUAAUAUGUUGAUGUUGAUGAAACAAAACCGAGGAUAG